AUGUCUCCUAAAAAAGCCUCAAAGACUUCACUGUCAAAGUCACAGGGGCAACCUGUCCCUGAAAAGCGUGGCUAUGAAUUUGGUGGGCCGCUCGGUGCCUUCGGAAUCGUCUUCGGUCUCCCAAUUCUAGUUUACGUUUUCACUUUCGUCUGCAAUGAUGUGUCUGGAUGCCCCGCGCCUUCAUUGCUUAACCCCUCGACCUUCUCUAUCGACCAAUUGAAACUUGAAGUGGGCUGGCCCGAGGAGGGCAUUGCAGGUCUCUUUGAUACUGAGGUGACCCUAUGGAUCUUGAGUUACUAUGCUUUCAGUCUGUUCUUGCAGAUUUCGCUGCCUGGUCAGGUCUUGGAGGGUGUUGCUUUGGCUUGCGGAGGACGACACAAGUAUAAAUUCAAUGCUUUCCCCUCAGCCCUCAUCAUACUUGGCGGAUUGGCCUCUGGUACCUACAUGCAUGGAGCGGAUUUCGUGGUGUGGACCUUCCUGUGGAACAACUAUGUUAAGGUCAUUACUGCCAACCUUCUGAUCUCUUCCGUGGUCGCCCUUUUCGUCUAUCUGAAGAGUUUCUCGGUCCCCGAGCCUGGCAGCGCCAACCCCGACUCCCGCGAACUGGCUCCCGGCGGUCACACCGGAAAUGUGCUUUACGACUUCUUUAUCGGUCGCGAACUUAACCCCCGAGUUCGGUUGCCAAUUCCAUUCAUCAGCGAGGAGUCGCGCACUCUUGAUAUUAAGGUCUUUAUGGAGAUGCGACCUGGUUUGCUCGGAUGGACCAUCCUGAACCUGUCCAAUGUCGCUCACCAGUACCGCACCUACGGCUACGUCACCGAUUCCAUCGUUCUCGUCACCAUCUUCCAGGCAUUCUACAUCCUGGACUCCCUUUACAUGGAGCCGGCAAUCAUGACCACUAUGGAUGUGAUCAUGGAUGGAUUCGGCUUCAUGCUCUCCUUUGGAGAUGUGGUUUGGGUCCCCCAUGUCUACAGCAUCCAGAGCCGCUACCUUGCCGUCUUCCCCCUUCAGUUGGGCUGGUCCGGCAUGGCGCUCGUCGUGGGUGUGACUGCCGUUGGAUACUCAAUCUUCCGUGGAGCCAACAACCAGAAGAAUCGAUUCCGCACUGACCCCAACGACCCGCGCGUCAGCCAUAUCAAGUUUAUUGAAACCGCUAGUGGAUCGAAGCUUAUGACUUCCGGCUGGUGGGGCCUUGCCCGGCAUAUCAACUACCUGGGUGACUGGACCAUGUCUUGGGCAUACUGUCUGCCCACUGGCAUUGCGGGUUAUGCCAUUAUUGAAACCAUCAACCCUGCCAGUGGCCACCUGGAGAAGCAGGCCGUGCAGACCCCCGAGGUUCGCGGCUGGGGAAUGGUUUUCACGUACUUCUACAUGCUGUACUUUGCGGUCUUGUUGAUUCAUCGUGAGAUGCGCGACGAGGAGAAGUGCGAGAGGAAGUAUGGCGCGGACUGGAAGCGGUAUACAUCGCUGGUUCGCAGCCGAAUCAUUCCCGGCAUUUACUAG